GGAAACACUUAUAUAGUAAAAAAAAAUAAAAAAAUCUAUAGUAGAAAAAAUAUGGAAACUAAAGCCAUGUACUGAUGAGUGUAUAGAUGAUUAUUAAUGAUUUAUCUAGAAAAAUAAGUAUAAGUUAUUGUUCAUGAUUUAUUUACAGAAAUAAAGUAAUGAAAUAAAUUAUUGAUAUCUUUUUCUCCCCAUCUCAUGUUCUGGCUGUCGUCAAUUAUUCCGCAAUUUUUUAUUAUACUUUUUAUUUUAUAUCUCUUUCUCUUUGAAAGGUUGCGGUCCAUUCCAUAUAUAAAUAUUUUAUUUACAUUUCAUACACGACGGAGAAACAGAUAAUUUCUUUCUCUCUGGAUAUUAUUUCUGCAAGUAACAAAGAACCUUAAAAAACAACAUGAAUGGUGAAACAGAUGACUCUGACUUUGUUGAAGUUGAUCCAACCGGUAGAUAUGGCAGAUACAAUGAAGUUCUUGGUAAAGGAGCUUCCAAGACAGUAUAUAGAGCAUUUGAUGAGUAUCAAGGAAUUGAAGUUGCUUGGAAUCAAAUCAAACUAUAUGAUUUCUUGCAAAACCCCGAAGAUCUCGAGAGGCUUUACUGUGAAAUUCAUCUUCUCAAGACAUUGAAACAUAGAAACAUUAUGAAAUUUUACACAUCUUGGGUUGAUACUGCAAAUAGGAAUAUCAAUUUUGUCACUGAAUUGUUUACUUCUGGUACUCUUAGACAGUAUAGGCAAAAGCACAAGAGGGUUAACAUAAGAGCGGUGAAGCAUUGGUGUAGACAGAUCCUACAAGGACUUCUAUAUCUUCAUAGCCAUGAUCCGCCGGUGAUCCAUAGAGAUCUUAAAUGUGAUAAUAUUUUCAUUAAUGGUAACCAAGGGCAAGUUAAGAUUGGGGAUCUUGGUUUGGCUGCGGUUCUCCGGAAAUCUCAUGCUGCUCAUUGUGUAGGAACGCCCGAAUUCAUGGCACCAGAAGUAUACGAAGAGGACUAUAAUGAACUAGUUGACAUAUAUUCCUUUGGUAUGUGUGUAUUAGAAAUGGUUACAUUUGAAUAUCCUUACAGUGAAUGCAGCCAUCCAGCACAAAUCUACAAGAAAGUUUCUUCUGGGAAAAAACCAGAUGCUUUGUAUCAAGUGAACGAUCCAGAAGUACGAGAAUUCAUUGAGAAAUGCCUAGCAACGGUGUCUCUAAGACUCUCUGCAAGGGAGCUUCUGGAUGAUCCUUUUCUUCGAAUUGAUGAUGACGAAUAUGAUUUGAGAUCGGUAGAUGUUGAAGAGUUUGGUGACUUGGGUCCUCUCGUUUGUCAGUCAUUCCUUUCACUCGACCGUAGCUAUAGUAACAUAAGUACUGAAUAUUCAAAUGGGUUUGGGUAUGAAGUAGAUUGGUAUUCUCAACCAGCUGAGAUUGAACAUGGAAUUGAACUUUUCGAGUGCCAUGACGAUGAACCCUCCAAAGAUGUUGACAUAAGCAUCAAAGGCAAGAAAAAAGACGACGGUGGCAUCUUUUUGAGACUAAGAAUGGCAGACAAAGAAGGUCAUAUCCGAAACAUUUAUUUCCCAUUCGACAUAGAGUUGGACACAGCAUUAAGCGUAGCAACUGAAAUGGUUGCGGAACUAGAUAUUACAGAUCAGGAUGUUACCAGCAUAGCUGGUAUGAUAGAUGGAGAAAUUGCUUCCUUGGUACCGGAAUGGAGAACAGAACCAGGAAUCGAGGAAACCACCAACUAUGAAAAUCAAAGUUUCUGCGACAAUUGUGUGUCUAGUCAUACUACAGUUACAGAUUUUCUUUUACAUAAUGAAGGUGGAAAAAACUUGCAGCUUCGUCAAUGCUGCACACACGGAUGUACUUCAAUGCACGGCCGGUUUGAGGAGAUUACAUACCCAUCUGAGGAGUAUGACGACAACCACAUUAGCGAAGAUACACCUAACAUGUCAAGUGAAUCAGACUUCUUGCAGUAUCAGGAAUCAUGGGAUCAUCACGAAAGCCGUGAACUUAGUCCUGUAGAGUCUACUCGAAGCCAUUCGGGUGAACAAUAUGAACUAUUAGAUAAAUCACCGUUGACUGAAGAUAAAAGAGAGGCUGUAUGGGAAAACGGUUUCGCACCCAACGCAGGAAACUCCUUGACAAAUUUAUCAGGAAACAAUUAUUUGUCAACUGUUGAUUCGCUAUAUUGUGGAGUCAAGAGCGAUUAUGAGAACGAGAUCCAACAUGAGUUGAGGUGGCUCAAAGCAAAAUAUCAAAUGGAGUUAAGGGAACUUAGGGAUAAACAAUUGGAUCUAGAAGCUAAAUCUCCACAUAUUACUAGUAACCACGAAACAACAGCUGAAACAGUAAACGGAUUCGAUAACCGUAUUCACUUUGAUAAUUACGGGAACUAUGAUUCUAGUUACCAUUCUCAAGAACACAAGAGCCACCCCAAUUUGGACACCCGAAGGGCCCAAAAUUGCGCGAUGACAUGUUCUGAUGAAGAUGUGGUAACUGCAAAGAGUUUUUACACAAGGUUAUUGCUUCCAGAUACACUACAUAGAACUGUUUCCCUCCCUGUUGAUGCUGUGGAUGUAUAAUAUAAUACAAUACAAUGUGAUGCACUCAUUGAAUUCUUCCGUAGAUUAUGUAUAUAGAUACCACCCUUACAGAGGAUAUCUGAAUUCAUCAUGCCACCUUUUUUGUUUU